ACAUUUAAAACUGUGAAAACUGCAUUUUAUGUCCAACCAUCAAACCCUUAUGUACACUGCAUGAGAGCAUAGAUGUUGUGUAGUGCAUUUUGAUCAAUACCACUAUUGUUGCACAAUAAGCAUUAUUAAUUUGCCUACAAGGACUAUGAGACUGUGCCAGCACAGACUUGGCAUUACGCCUGUUCAUUGGCUCUACCUUAUAAAUAGAGUGGCGGUGUUUGGAAACAGGCUUGUCUCUCUGUUUCACACUAUACUGGAUUUUACAGUAAACAUGAUCAUAGGCACUGGGUGAGCAGGAUCGUGCUGCGACUGUCUCUAAAUAAUUAUUUUACAAAUAUUGACUUUACUUAACUCCUUUUGUCACAAUACAUUUUGUAGGAAUGUUUACGAAUGAGGUGUAAAUAUGGAAGAGACUGUUGUUUGCAGGGACUAGAACGAAAUUGCUUUGGAUUGCUUUUGGAAAAGAUGUUUUGCUUAUAAGCUGUGCAGAAAGCAGCAGACACACAGGCCAGUCCUGAUGGCAGGUGCUUGGGGGUCAGCCUGCACUGGACUCUGGCUCUAGCAGCCCACUGGGCCCUCACUUCAACUCUGAACAUUUCACAGCAGGACGAGUGCCCAUGAGGUCGUUGACGCUGGUCCUGCUCGUCCUGAUCAGCGUCCAGGCUGCACUCAUCAUGGGAGGCCACACCCAGGCGCAGGGGCCAGCCAAUCAGCACGCAGCAGCGCAUCACUCACCCAGGCCUCGCAGCCAAUCCAAGCAGGACUCACACUACGAUGACCCAAUCCCCAACGUGGACCCCAAACUCUUCAGCAAGCGCCGUUACCGUUCACCUCGCGUGUUGUUCAGUGACGUGGUCCCUACAGAAAAUGAUACGGGGAGCCCAAGGCGCCCGCGUGUCCGGCGGAAGGCCAACGAUUUCUUGCAUCGCGGUGAGUACUCAGUGUGCGACAGCGAAGAGCACUGGGUUGCCAACCUGACCCAUGCUACAGACUUAGCAGGCAAUGAAGUCACGGUGCUGCCACACGUUCGCAUCAACAACGUCGUAAAGAAGCAGCUGUUCUACGAGACCACGUGCCGUGUGUCGAACCCCGUCGGAGCCCCCAAGCCGGGUCAAGGAGCCAGUGGCGUUAAAGCUGGAACCUCUAGCUGUCGUGGGAUCGAUAACAAGCACUGGAACUCUUAUUGCACCAACACGCACACCUACGUGCGGGCACUAACGACCUACAAAAACCAGAUCGCCUGGAGGUUCAUCCGAAUCAACGCCGCUUGCGUGUGCGUCCUCAGCCGCAACUCAUGGAGGCAAUGACUGACUUAUUGACUGGUGUCUCAGCCAAUCCACUGCAGCCUCCUGUCAUAAGCCCCUCCCACCCAUCAAUAAUAACAGCCGUACUGCCAAAGUCGGUGAUCCGAAACUCCGCCCCUUUUCUGAUCUCUUUAUGACAUCGCAACCCAGUCCCCUCCUACCCUACCUCACUCUGUAAAUUAUUGGUCGUUUAAUUUAUGAGGACUGCAUGACAUAUUUAUAUAGUUUAUACAGUCAGAAUAUAAAUUUAUAUAUAUAUAUGUGUGUGUGUGUGUGUGUGUGUGUGUGUAUACAGUAUACAUAAAGCAAGCUUUUGUUGUGUUGUUGAUGCUCUUAUUUAUUAAACACCUCACUUCA